UUUUCAUUUUCGUGCUCGUGUCCAUAUUCAAAGACGCUACCUGAAGUGGCGCAGCAAGGGGAGGGGUACGGGUUCCAUACCCCCCAAAUGAAACCUUUUUUCCCCACUGUAUUAAAUUUUAUAAAAUCAUACAUACAUACAUAGUGUGGGUUGCUCCGUGGUAUGUAAUGUGCUGUUAUAUCUGUGGGAAGAUGCAUAUAAAAUAUUCCUUGCUGCUAAUCGAAAAGUGUAACCCAAGGAGUGGCGGCAGCGUCUUUCCUCUCUCGUUAUCUAGGUGUAGCUGGGAGGGGGCAUGACUCUCCCAAACACACAUCCCCCCCCCCCCCCAUCACUUUUCAUAUUUGCCUGUCGUCCCAUAACACGCAUCAAAACUACGUGCCCACUCCCCAGCCCCUAACUAAGUGCAUAUGUUCGACACCAUAUAACCUGUAAAUAAAAAUGUUGUGCGUCGUUAACUAAAACUAUGUUUUCCCUUCCUGCCUUUUUACGUUCGCGGUCCUCGAGUAUACACCAUGCCGAGGUGUUAACUCCUUAUACAAGCACAGCUUUUCUUUCGUUUCUCGGAACACUGCUGCAUAUUAUGUGCCUGUUUGCAAAAUUUAUCCAACCUGUUCUUCGACCGUUCGCUGUUGAGCUGCACACUAAUAUAUUGCAACUAGCGCCACGACCGGUGUUUUCAAGUGUGGGUCAAAGGUGAAUGCUGGUCUGAUGCAAUUGUCUGGCUAUCGGCUAAAUAAACAAGAUAUAAAAAUAACGGUGUAGUCAGUACUACGGUACUGGUGGUUCGAUCGAGUUGGAUGCCGAGUGUCGGGUUUGUUUUCAUACAAGGACCCCGUGAAGUGUUGGCCGUCUGGUUAUAGUGUUCACAAACAGUGAUAGCCACGUGUACUUGGCACGGUAGAUUAAAGCAAUGACAGUGCUACACAGCCCGUUGUCCCCGUACAGAUAACAUCACAUAGCAUCAAAGAACCGCCAUCUAUCUGAAGUGUACCAGACGUGGUUUACGCAGGGUUAAAAUUCAAAAUGGCCCAAGUGACGCUGAAUGACAAACUGGGUUUUGUAGACAGCAGCAGGUCUGAGUUGCCACCGAGGAAACCUCCGUCCAUGAAGAAGCCAUUCCGCCAGUCUCUCGUCGUGUCCUUCUCCUUCAUGUUCGUCUUCGCAGCCUACCUCUCCAUCCAGAACCUGCAGAGCAGUCUUAACCACGAGCAAGGACUCGGGGUUACCUCCCUUGCCUGCCUGUACGGCGCCAUCAUCCUCUCGGGAACUCUGUCGCCGUCUGUCAUUCGGCUCAUUGGCGCCAAAAGGUCUCUAGUCUUAGCGUGGAUAUGUCACAUACUGUACACCGCCACCAACUUCUACCCGCACUGGCUGACCCUGAUCCCGUCGUCCAUCCUGCUGGGUUUCAGUUCGGGGCCGAUGUGGACCUCGCAGGGCCUGUACCUGACGUCGUGUGGCGAGGCGUACGCCUUCGACCAAGGCAAGAGUCUCUACGGCAUCCUCAGCACGCUCAACAGCAUAUUCUUCACGUGCUACGAAUCCACAGAUCUGUUCGGAAACAUAAUCUCGUCGGUGAUUCUCACCCGGAGUUCGUACAACGAAACGUUUUUUAAUUCCUCCCGAACGUGCGGUGCUCUGAGCAGUCCGGACGUUUCUUCUAACGCCACAAUGGCGGUUACAGAUCCAGUCAAACAUAUAGUGUACACCUUGCUGAGUGUGUUUCUCGUCUUUGAUAUUGCCGGACUCGCGCUGACAGCCGUGUAUCUGAAGCCCCUCGAGAAGCGAGGGGAGGUGGAAGACAGGAAGGGGUUGUUACAGUCUGUUGUUUCCUGUUUCACGGCUCUAAAAGACAUCCGUCUGCUUCUAGUCAUUCCUUUGUUUAUGGCGACGGCAAUGAGUCAAGGAAUUCUGUUCACAGCAUACACUAAAUCUUACAUUAGCUGCGCUCUUGGCAUCUACAACGUGGGCUACAUCAUGGCGUCUCACGGACUUGUGACUGCCAUCACGGCGCUGCUGAUGGGGCGAGUUGCCAAGUACACGGGCCGGAUCGUGCAGUUGGUCGUAGCCGUCGCCCUGAACAUGGGGAUGCUGUUGAUGAUGUUGUUCUGGAACCCCCUCAAUCAGCCAUACGCCAUGUUCUUCAUAAUCCCUGUUGGCUAUGGAAUGUCGGAAGGAAUCCUGAGAAUGCAGUUCAACUCUUUCAUUGGCAUGGUGUUCUUCAAAGCAGCCGAUUCUGCCUUUGCCAACUACCACACUUGGAAUGCUGUUGCGUUCACCUUGACCUUCACGGCGGGCAUGUUCCUAACUCUGACGACACUUCUCUAUAUUGCCAUUGGUCUAAUGGCGCUGGGAUUUACAGGAUACAUCAUUACUGAGCUGUUAAUUCGCAAGCAGACGACAAGUGAAACAAGGGUACCUUGAAUAGGCCAUGAACGAGAAAAUGUAUUAAAACAACGAACAUAUAUGAUAUGUUGAUAUAUAGUAUAUAUUGUAGCUUUGGUCAAUCCCAAAAUUAGGGUCUGGGAGCAUUGUCAUAAAAAACAUGUAAUACUUAAUCAAUCUGAUUGGCUGCACCGGUCGACUGGUUAUGGCACAACCGUCAUUAUUAUUUAUGUAGCGCUCAUGAAUAAUCAUUUCAACUUAUUUUCUUGCUUAUAUCCAAUUAAGGAUACACACCUCAGCUAGCUGGGCUAUGAGCAUGUCUGUCCAUAACAAUGGGUUAGUUGUUAGUGAAUAAUUUGAUUGGUUAUCCUUUCUUGUCACAUUUAUUUAAGGUUGGGAAGGGGAGUGGCAUUCCAGUUUUUUUGUUUGAUUGAUUGAUUGAUUGAUUGAUUGAUUGAUUGAUUCAUUCAUUCAUUCAUUCAUUUAUACUUAUUUAUUGUGCUUUUUUCCCAUUAAGGUUCAAGCACACUGUCCUGGGAACACACCUCAGCUAUCUGAGCUGUAUGUCCAUGACUGUGGGUCAGUGGUUAGGUGUUAGUGUUAGUGAGAAAGAGAAGUUGAUGUAGCGGGCUUACACCUACCUAUUCAGUCUUUAAAACUCGCUCUGGGUUGGAGCUGGUACCGGGCUGCGAACCCAGUACUUAUGUCGGAUGGCUUAACCACUACACCACCGAAGCCGGUAAGAUAAAGUGUGAUUUCCUGCUCUCUUGGGGGCGAUCAUACGAAUAUCUUAUACCGGGACAAUAAGCGACUGUCACCCUAUUGUAUGGCGACAAAGAAAAGAAGAGGAGAAUUAGGAAGAGGAAACGGCGGCCCGGGGGUGGUCUUUUGUUUAACAACACCACUAGAGGACUUUGAUUAAUCAUUGGCUAUUGGAUGUCAAGCAUUUGGUAAUUCUGACAUAGAAUCUUAGAGACCGCCAGUUUCUAUUCACACCACGGGGCGGGACGUAGCCCAGUGGUAAAGCGCCUGGUUGAUGCGCGGUCGGUUUAGGAUCGAUUCCCGUCAGUGGACCCAUUGGGCUAUUUCUAGUUCCAGCUAGAAAUAGCUUCGGACUUUAACUGGUAUAUCAAAGGCCAUAGUAUGUGCUAUUGUGCCUGUGGGAUGGUGCAUAUUGAAGAUCCCUUGCUACUAAUGGAAAAAUGUAGCGAGUUUCCUCUCUAAGACUAUAUGUCAAAAUUACAAAAUGUUUGACAUACAGUUGCCGAUGAUUAAUAAAUCAAUGUGCUCUAUAGGUGUCGAUAAACAAAACAAACUAACGAACUAUCCUCCGUUGUCCCCGAGAGCUCCCGUCCGCACCGAUCGUGAGCUCUGGGUAGACAUGGCCCCGUCUCCGUUGGUCUUGCUGCUACAGGGCUCUCGCGUCUUCAAGCCGAAUGCACCCACGCCAUGGGAGGUGGCCCUUGGGAAGAUUCGGCCGAAGUAUCACACCAACAUCACACAGGAGAGUCACAGCUGGACCACCUCCCCAUACGCCCGGAAUCUGACAGAUGGCCUUACGACAGAACCAACCUUCAGGACUCCAUUCCACGAAGCGAUCUUAGCACCAAGAUCACCGUAACUGCAUAAGGUAGUUACGCACUUAAGGUGAUCUUAGGGCUAAGAUCGCUUCGUGGAACGGGCUCAACACCCCUUUUACUGCUAGCACAUUCAGAACCCGGCGUAAAACCAUGUGUGAUAGAGACUGUUCGUUGGGGAGACGUCUACUGGCAAGCCGUUCCAGACAUCAUUAUGGAUAGUUACACCAUCCACUAACUGUUGAAAAUCGUACUCUGAGUAGAAUAUCACCCGAGUAGAGCCAGCAACAUCGACCAAGUGCUGCUGAGCUUGGUUCUCAUUGAGAAGAUCUCGUCACCGUAGCACGAACCUCUUCUGGGAUCUUUUUUCUCCGUGUCUGGCAGGACAUUUCGGACUUUAAACUAUUUAGCCAACUGUUCUAAACUUAGGGUUAGUAUCAGGGUUUGUUUUGUUUUUGUUAUGUUUUUUUUGUUCCAAUCACCUUCAAAUCUUCGGCUGAGCACUCAAAGUUUAUUUUUUUGGCCUCUAACUUUUGCUCUGAACAUCGCAGGUUUUCAGGUUUCAGGAUUCAGGUUACCAAAUACCCAUUCCAAAUUCCGUCCACCUCAGUCUCGCCUCCCCCUUCUUCCCGGGACUGAGUCAGAGGAUAUUUUUAUGUUUAACUUUUUUACUUUGGAGAAUCCGAGGAAUCCCCCCCCCCCCCCCCCCCCCCCCCCCCCCCCAUACACACACACCUAAAUACGGUUUUGCAAUGCCUUGCGGUUCGUAGCCCAGUGGUAAAGAGCUCUUCUAGACCUGGUACGUUAUCGGUCUAGGAUUGACACCAUCAGUAGUCAGUUGGAUUAUUUCUCGUUCCAUCCAAUUCUCCGCAAAUGAUGUUACAAAUGUCGUGGUAUGUACUAUCCUUUCUUUGGGAUGCUGUAUAUAAAAGAUCCCUUGUUGCUAAUCCAGUAGUACAAACUUAGUUUUAUGCCAAAUAAUCGGGGAAAUACGAACAAAUAUAAUUGGAGUUACUGCAAACAUUAUCACGAUCAGAAACGCAUCAGAUAUACCGACAUUAAUAAUUUCUGGACAAGAAAAUGCCUUUAAUAUGUAAAUGUAGUUGUAUAAAGUAGUUUAUUGAUGGAACACAGCGUAACAAGAACAGACAAAUCUGGGUAGUCUCUUUAAAUGAGUAAAGAAGACACGGGUUAUGUUUUUCUCGGUAGUAAAAAACUGUUGUUGUUUGUUUGUUUGUAUAUUUGUUUGUUUGUUAUAAUGUAUAGUAAGAUCCAGUCGAAUUAAUAAUGAUUUAUAUAAGUCACAUUGAUUAUGAAGUAAAUGACGAAAGGCCUAUUAUUUUCUAAAUAAAAUAUUUUUGACAUA